AAUACUGUCGUUAGUCAUGGCGUUAGGGCAGAGUGUUUGAAACCCCCAAAUUGGAGACUUUCAAAUCCGCGUUUGAACGUCCCUCACGCGCCAAGUAGUCAGCAACCCUGGUGACUGCACGCUCCUCGUAGGCUAAUGCAACAUGUUGGGGUUGCUUGACAUAGCCAAAAAAGCGUAUCUCAAAGUAUGGCCUACGCGGCCUGCCAGUGCACAGACAACACAACCGGCGCUAAUGCGUACGAUAGAAGGGCACACAAGUAAAGUGAAGGCAGUCGCGGUCUUCAAUGACAAUCGACGGGUCGUCACUUGUUCAUCAGUCAGCACCCUGCAAAUUUGGGAUGUAGAAACAGGAGCAUCGAUUGGAGGACUAUUCGAGCCAGAGGGACGCAUCAUAGGUGGCAGUGUGCGAUCACUCGCCGUUUCCCCAGAUGACAGGCUAAUCGUCAGUGCUGGAUCUUACGGUAUCGUCAUCUGGGACGUCAAGAGAAUGCAGAUGCUCUAUGAACUGUGGUCAAUGCCGGUGAAGUCGGUGUGCUUCUCGCCUGAUGGCAAGAGACUCGCAGCUGGCGGACCGGGCGAUGAUGAGGUCCAUAUAUGGGAUACAAAGACUUGUGAUGUCUUGGCAAGCUGUAGACGGAGGCCAAGACGUCGCAACCUUUCAGAUCCUGCGGUGUUAGGAGUAGCAUUCAGUCCAGAUGGACUCAAACUGGCGUGUGCAUCAUCGAACGGCUACAUUGAUGUUCGGCGCACCGAUAACCUCAGGCGACUUUUCCGGUUUUACGCUGAGCCACUAGCAGUAUCCUCGCCAGUUCGAGGCAUCGUGUGGUCACCUGAUGGCCAGCAACUUGUCUCCAUAUCACAUAAUAAACUUCAGUUCUGGAACUCGUCGAAUGGACACCAGAUCGGCCAAGCUUCCGGUCGCAAGCGCUAUAACUCACUCGCCAUAUCCUCUGAUGGCUCCUUCAUUGCCACUGCCUCGAACGACAAAACCGUGCGGCUGUGGUGCACAAAAACACACCAGCAGAUAGGAGAUGCCCUCAACCACACCGUCGUGGCUACCUGCGUUGCAAUUUCUCCCAAUGCAGAACUGCUCGUGAACGGAGGCAAGGAUGGGAAGGUUCGGGUCUGGCUGGUCGAGAACGUACUUUCCACAGCGAUGCAGCUAGAUUCUUCGUACGACUCCUACUGGGCGCACUGGGCGCUCGGACGAAAUCUUUAUCGAGGAACCCUUUCUGACGCAGAAAAGGUCAUUGAAAACAACCCCUCAUCACAUCUUGGGUACGAGAUGAAGCAUAAAGCGCUCCACACGGGACAACGCUAUGACGAAGCAAUCGAGGCCUUGGACAGCAUGCUCUCCAAGCUGAGUGAUACACCCGACCCACAGAUACGACAGCUGCAUCGGAAGUAUGUCAAGCAAUCCAAAGUAGAUGAUGCUAUUCGAAGAGCCGUUCACACUCGUUUGGAAAGUGCCCCACUUCGUCUACUCGAGACAUCCACCGGAUAUUUAUGCGAUCGAGAGGCACAAAUAAGAAUCUUCAUGAAAAGUACGGAGUACAAGAAGCUUUUGUAUGCGUCAAUGAUGCGUGCGCCCCUCAACAUGGAGCUCAUCAACAAGGCGGUCGCGAAGUUCUUCAGUUGGGUCAUGUUAUCACAUAGAUGGGACCGCAGGGAGCCGUUGCUGCACAACAUCCAAGGCAGGGUCGUAUACGAGUUGAACGGAGUUGGCGGCAUAGAGAAGCUGCAGAAGUUCUGCAACAAGGCUCGCGAUCUGGGCUAUCGUUGGGCUUGGAGUGAUACGUGCUGCAUCAACCAGAACAACAAUGUUGAACUUCAAAGAUCAGUCAACUCCAUGUUCGUUUGGUAUCACCAAUCAGCUCUUACGAUCGUCUACCUGUCAGAUGUCCCACCUUCGGCGGAGUGGGGCGCACUGGCAAACAGUGAUUGGAAUACACGAGGAUGGACGGUUCAAGAAUUCCUUGCUCCUCGAGUUAUUCUCUUCUACCGUGCAGAUUGGACCCUCUAUCUCAAUGACCACUCUGGUAACCACAAGAAGUCUGCCACUAUUAUGCAGGAGUUAGAGAAUUCAACAGGCAUAAACACACGAACCCUCGUCGCCUUCCGUCCGGGGAUGAGAGAUGCCCGCGAGAAGCUGAAAUGGGUGUCAACGCGUGUCACCACGUUACAGGAAGACAUCGUAUACUCGUUGUUUGGUAUUUUCGGUGUCCACUUACCUGUUAUAUACGGUGAGACGAAACAAAACGCGCUCGAUCGACUCUUGCAGGAGAUUGUCGGUCGGUCGGGCGACAUUACCGUCCUGGACUGGGUCGGAAAAGCAUCCGAUUUCAAUAGCUGUCUCCCAGCUGAUGUUACCUCGUACAAAGCUUUAGCAUUCACAUUGCCAUCUCUACCAGGGGACGAGAUGCGGACAUCUGUCUCCAUGCUGCGAAAUACUGUGGCUGUGGAGUUAGCUUCGAAACUGUAUACCCUGCUCGACAACCUCAGUGUCCCUCGUUUCACAAACUACAGAUUGCAACUGCCUUGCAUCGCAUUUCCUGUCACAAAAGUCAGACAGAGACACGAUCAACACGGGGGGAUAUAUUUCACUUAUGACAUCGAGGCAGAUGGGCUUCAAGACCUGUUGAUCACCUCAGAAAACACAUUGACUCAAUUCUCGCCGGCACAGCCCACCCCACAGAAAUUCUUCAUCAUCCGUCCGUGGGACCGCCAUGAUUUCGGGCUGCCUGAUUUCUCGGACGAUGCGCAGAGGGUGCUGGAGUCCCCACUCCCAUCGCAGUUAGAUUCACCCGACGAGUCUCUCGGAGAAAACGAACCAAAUGAGAUGGACGCUCAUUCGCGAGCGUUGAGGUUAAUCGUUCGCCUCGGACAACCUUUUGCUGCACUGUUGGUUGCGCAGCAGCGUGGUUGGGAGUACAAGAGGAUUGCGUCGGAUCACCGUAUCAUGGCAUGCGUCAAGGACAUGGCUUCGAUUGAGAAUAUGAUGGAUGUCAGGAUGCUAGAGAUGCUGUAGUUGGAAGAAUGGAAGGUGGUCCGCGGUAGUAUUUAAAGUUAAUGAACGGGGUGCUUUGUAGAUAUGUUGUUGAUCCUCUAAGUUGAUCUGUCCUUGCUCCGCCGACUAGGAUGAUGCCUGGUUUUUGGUGCCGCCGCUAUUGGCACGAUUUGAGGCUGAAUGGGGGAGGAUGAAUAAUUUCCUCAAGGUGCUUCCAGUAGAAAAUGGGGCCAACAUCACUCGUGUUGCCGGCCCGACGGACCCUGUACGACUUACACACCUACACGUAUACACUGUAAUAUAUACAUCUACCACACGCUAACACGGAACUUUAUGUAUGCAUACAUGUUACUUAGACCAGACAAAUUGAAAUUGCAACCAAAUUGCAACUAAAUCUCUGACCAAGAGGACA